AUGUCGGACAAUACAAGAAAGUACAAGGAUUCAUUUGCGCUCUUUGACAAGAAGGGAUCCGGGAAAGUUGCAAUUUCACAAUUGGGGGAUAUGCUCAGGGCAGUUGGCCAAAAUCCAACUUUAAAGGAGAUAUCUGAGCUCGAAUCAAGUGUGGGAGGAGAUGGAUCAGAGAUUGAUUUCGAUACUUACGUGAAGCUUAUAAACAGAGAGGGAGGAUUUAAGAAGGCAGGCCAGCCCGAGGAUUAUAUUAAAGCAUUCCAGAUCUUUGACAAGGAUUUGAGCGGAUAUAUUGGUGUGGGUGAGUUGAAGUACAUUUUGACUACAAUUGGUGAAAAGUUGCAGGAGGAUGAAGUUGAUGAGUUGCUAAAGGGCAUCAAGAUCACGGAUGAUAACAAGAUUGACUAUGUUGAGUUUGUGAAAUCGAUUCUUGCUCAGUGA